AUGGAGACGGCGCGUUUGCGACUCGACCCGAUCGGCCUGCACCAUCUGGAUGGAUUCCACAGAAUCUGGACGAACCCAGAUGCAACACGCUGGGCUACAAAAGGCACCUUGAAAACCAUCGACCAAACGUACGCCUGGCUUUCGGGGAUGCUACCGGAGAACCGACCCGGCAGCGACAACUACGCAAUCUUCAUCAAGAAUGCGAAUAGCGACGAAAGAGCCGUCAUCGGCGUGGUAGGUGUAUACCGCAUCGAUCCAACCCCAGAGAUAGGGUACAUACUCCACCCUGCGGCCUGGGGCAAAGGGUACGCGACAGAAGCUGUGGCGGCAUUUAUCCAGCACUUCUGGCAAGCUAGACCCGAUCUCGACACUAUCGAGGCAAAAGUGGACGAGGAGAAUUUAUCUUCAAGACGUAUACUCUACAAGUGUGGUUUUGUUCAGAGUGAAACCAUUAUAGGAGGGGCUGAGCGAGCAUGGCUAGAUCCCCCGAAGAGGAAUAUUGUUAUUCAUAGACUUAAAAGGACGUGA